CCCAGAGUCAGCAGUUGGGGCAACAGCAGAUCCAGCAGCAAGUGUCAGUGGUGGGAAGCAGUGGUGUGCAGCAGGUGGUUAGCAGUGGUCUGUCUAGCAAGGCAGCCUCUUCUGUGGUCCUCAGCCAGGGCACAGCCAUGACUGUGGCCACAGUGACAGCUGCCACCACGGGAAUCACCACUACAGCUGUAACAUCUUCAGCAGCUGCUGCCAUUUUAAGUGGUGUGCGCACUGCUGUGGGAACUUCAGGUGCUAACACAGGCAGAACAACACUUACUCUGCAGGAACUCCAAGUUCGUACCUCAGGAAGUAACCAAGGCACGGUUGUCAGUGUGGCUGGCUUGACUCAAGCACAGUUACAGACAGCUAAACUAUCCUCUCAAUCAUCCACACAGAAAGGUUUAACAGGGGUCUCACGGUCUCUUACUCCAGCACAACUACAGUACCUGAAACAGCAAGCCCAUGCUAGGCAUGCUCUGGCUUUGCAGCAACAAGGAAAGGUAGUAACUACUGGAGACCAGUCCAUCAAACGAGUUCAGAUUGCAGGACAGGCUGGAACAACUCAGAAGGUACAAGUUGCUGUAUCUGGAGGGACCUUGGCUGGUAUGACGGCUAUACAGGUGAGUCAAGCUGGACGGACACAGCUAGUGAAACCUGGGACCGUUGUGGCUGGUGCCAGUGGUGUUGUGACGACAGGAAAAGCCGUAACACGGACUGUGACCGACCGGGAAGUUGCUGCUUUCCUCAAGCAACAACAGCUUAAUAAAUCUGGCCAAGUGACUCAGGUGCAGGUACCAUCAGCACAGUUACUAGCAGGUCUACAGGUGCAAGGUGGGGCGAGUGGAGGUGGCACCCCUGUAGCCACACUUGUGAAGACUGUCAGUGCUCCAUCCACCUUAGUGCACACACCUACAUCAGUGACACUUCCUGCUUCAGCUAUAAAUGUAACACUCCCUCAAGCCCGAGUGACAACUGCUGCCACAGUAGCAAAGGCUAACACCACACAGCAGACUGUACGUAAUAUCCCCUUGCCACAACAGUUGUUAGCUAAGCAACGAUCGUUGGUCGGGGUGAAAGGUGCUGUUGGCCUACAGUUGGGUGGGAAAGCUGUUGGUGGCACUGGUCUGAGCACCGUGCAGAUAGUGCAAGGUGGCAGUCAGAAGCAGAUGUCCCAUGUCACUGUUCAGCAGAUACAGCAGGUCUUUAAGCAGGUUCCACAGACCAUUCAACACAUUACACAGGGUGGGACAGUAAGUGGCACAGUUGUAGGGAAGGCAGUAGCAGGAGGAAGUGUAUCAGGGACAAAUGUAACAGCAUCUGGUGCCCAGGGAAUUACCACCUCACACAGCACGAAGCUUGUUCCUAUGACUGUUGCCUCUCACCAGCACCAGCCCCAACCCAUAAAGCAGACCAUUCAGGUUGUAUCUGCUGGGUCGUCUGUGGUAGGAGGCAAUUCAGGCAUCCGUGUUAGCGCUGGCGAACGUUCCUCCCCCUCAGCUCUGGCACUGCAGGCUGGCAAGAUGACAAACCCAGCAAUCCUGUCACAGGUGUCUGCAGCACUUCAGGGCCAGCCCAUGUCUGUAGCAGUGAGGACACCCACGCAGAGUCCCGUCAGAAUACAGACAUCAGCCCUGCAGACACAGCAAACAACCCAGACACAACAAGGACAACAGCAAACUCAGCAACAAGGACAGCAACCAGGCGGGAGUCAGUGAACAUGACUGCUGUGGUGUCAUGAAGUGUGAAUUGAGGAUUUGACAAGAAUAAAUGUGAAUAAUUUGCAAUGCAAAUAUAAAAAACUAAACAAAAAAAUGUAUAAUGUUCUCCAUUUUGACAUUUUAUGUCAUCACUGUGUAUAUGGGUUACCUCAGACCAAUAUUUGAUUUAAGGUGGGACAGCACCAGUAACAUUAGGUGUGGUAUUUUUUAAUGUUCAUAAAUUGGAAAUUGUGAUGACUCUGUGGAGUUGACUUUUUUUCUCUCUCUCUCAGAAAAGGAUUAUAGCAAGUUGCAUGCUUAUGCUACACGUGCAUGUCUGGUGCUAGUACCACACGCACAUUGGACAUUGGAGCUGAUGUGCUUGUAGAGCAUCCCAUUGGAUGUAGCCUUGUAACAUCCAGUGCCUGUUGUCUGGUUGAGUGUGGUACUGGUAGACGUCCAUAUCUGGUACCCAAUCAGGUGUGGUGUUCAUCAGGUGUAAUGCAUAUGUACUUGGCUUGAAAUUUCUUUGAUUACAGUUAUGGAAGUCUUUAUGAGUAAAAUUAUUUUAUAUUUAUAAAUAUAUGCUUUGAAGAUAAAGA